AUGGCGACCAACUUUUCUGCUAAUCAGUAUGAAAGUGCUUUCAAAGCGAAGAGACUGCAGAACUGGACACUACCCAAGGAAUACAAAGAGAGACCUUCCGCUGCUGUGGGUCACACGACGUUCAUUGCCACGGACCGGGGGCAUCUUCUCCCAGGCGUGAAAGCAAAGCGUGGAUUCCGGUCCACAUUCAUCGGCACCUGGGACCUGCCCCGUAGAAUUGCCCCCGCGUCCAUCAACCCGACUGCUCGUUCAGUGGAGGGUCAGGAGAGACUUAGAUCCUGGAGCCAAGAUCAGGGGCGCUCCAAGAGAAGGAGCUUAGAGAAGGGCCCGGAAUCGGCCCCGAAGUCACCGGAGAAUGUGGAAACACUCGCCAAGCCAGCCGAGGAGGAUCAGGUCCCUGAAGCGGCCUCGCCUAGGCGAGAAGCAUCACCCACCUCACCUAAGCCAGAGACAGCCCCCACUUCACCUAAGCCAGAGACAGCCCCCACUUCACCUAUGUCUGCAGCAUCCCAGUCCAGGCCAACCUCUGCUGACCAGCAGGAAGCAAUCCAGGCCCAGUGA